GAUGGUUUAAAUCAGUUUUACACCAGCAGUGUAGCUGUACAAGGGGAGCAACUGUGCUUUGUAAACUUCAUUGUGAAACAACAGAUUUUUAAUCUUGGCUGUGCAUUUGCUUGACCAUGGAGCAUCUCAAUUUUACCAUCAAUCAGACAUCUGAUUUUGUCAACAACAGUACUGUGGGCAGCAAGCAGGUAGGCGCUGCGGUAUUUCUAAGUUUGUGCUGCAUGGUCGGAUUGCCCACCAACAUUGCAGUUAUCAUCAACAUUGCUCUUAAAUGGAACAAACACAUGAGUUUCACUGUGAAGCUAAUGAUAAACCUGGCUAUAUGUGAUUCUUUGGUUCUUAGUUUAGCUCCAUUUGGAGUUUCUGGUCUGCUGAAUGGAUGGACCUUUGGCCUUUGGUCAUGUAAAAUUCUGACCUAUCUAAUCUACUGUGCUAUGCAUGGUAGUGUGUUGACUGUGACCAUGAUGGCUGCUCAUCACUACCACACAAUUAUGUCAAAAGUUCCUGAUCUCGGUGCAUUGGAAAGACUGAAGAAGGCUCGUAGAAACUUACUGUUAAUUGGGCUCUGGAUAUUAGCCACAGUUUUUGCCUUGCCUAUACUUAUAACUCAAAGUGUUGAGUUCAAGAGGGGAUCUUUAAGGUGCCAGAGGACCAUAACAUCACCCUCUGGAAAGAUUACAGUUCUGGUACUCGAGGUCCUGUCUGGAUAUGUCCUCCCUUUCACCAUUAUAGCUGCAUCUUACUGCUGGAUCUGCAAGACACAGCUACAAGGAGGUAAACAUGCUAAAGAACGUAAGAAGAGAAUGAGAAGGCUUGUGAUCAGUAUUGUCGCAGCCUUCUUUAUUUUCUGGACUCCUGUACAUAUCAUCAACCUGGUUGACAUUGUUACUACUGUGACUAAGACAUCGUCUCCAGCUGUCUACAAUCAACUGAAACUGAUUCGUAGAGCAACAGGAGAUUUGAGCAAAGCUGUCUCUAUACUUAACUGCUGUGUGAACCCCUUUCUGUAUGCAUUUGCAUCAGGGAUCUUCAAGAAAAAGAGGCUCCACGUAGAAAAGAAAAACAGCACAGAAAUUACUGUAACAAACUGAGUACAUGCAAAUGUUUUUCACAAUAAACUUGAAAAAUUGUUGGAAGAUAUUGUGCUGUUCAUGUAACCAAUAAGUGCUGUUACAUCUUGUUAGGAUGUAAUGCAGAGACUUUACAGUUACCUAAUUUUUUUUAUCUUUAAAUCUGUCAUCCUGUUAUCUGUCAUGUUACUAAGACUGGAUUUUCACCAAAUGUAAAAUUAUUAUCAGUGUAGAAUUUCUUUAUUCUUAUUAAACUGUUGUAUUUUAUUGCUUUGUGAAGCACUUUGAAAUCUGAUUACUUUUAUUUUUGUCUGUUAUAUGUAGUGGAUUGUGUUACUUUUAGAAGGAGACUUUUGUGUUAAAGUUUAGGUUUGCGUUCAUAUAACAGUGUUUAUAUAAUUAUAUUUAUAUGUAGGUUUUCUUAUCAUUUACAUAUUUAUAGUUUGUUUAUUAUUCUGUAUUUUUUGCUUUGUGAAGUCUUCAUUUUAAUCUCUUUAAAAAUGUUUACUUUCUUAAAACCGAUUGAUUUUCAUUCAGUCUGAAAGUGGAUAGAAGUUGUUUUAGAACAUUGGCUUUGUAGAAAUAGAAAUUUGACUAUUCCUGAAACAGAUUUUUGUGGUCCAUUUUACAGUAUUCUGUCCCACCUGCCAUUUGGUUAUUCUAUUUACUAAGUGAUGAAAUGAAGUCUUUUUUAAUUAAGGAUUGUGGUUAGGAUUUUAGAAUAGACAACAAAUGGAUCCUAUUUUUUUUAAUACUGAAUAUAGCUUAACAAAUGGUUUAACCCAUCUGCACCAUAAAACUCUUUUGUGAAGAUAUUAACUUAACCAAUUAUUUUAUAAUAUAGUAUUAAAAAAGGAAUGAUACAUGUAAAUCGGUAACAGCAGUGUUGAUGUGUGGGAACUAAUAUAAUAAUUAAUAAACAUUGUUAUUGUCAAACUUUA